AACGCAACUCAAGAAAGAAACAGCACGCAGGUUAUGCCAACGUUAAAUGAAAAUUAUCUCCCUCUCAUACUGUUAGGCUUUCUUUCAUGCCUCAUAGUCAUUGUAAAUUCUCUAGUGAUCGUUUUGGUGAGCAGAAAUAAGCAACUCCAAACAGUGACAAACUUAUGCUUAGCUUGCUUAGCACUGUCUGAUCUACUCUCAGGGCUUGUCGCCAUUCCUUUGAUAUUUGCCUGCAACCUCACCGUUUCAGACGGAUUGCGCUUCUGUAUUGCUAUGGAUCUGGCCUCCAGGUUCAUAGCCAUCUCGACAAUAUUACAUCUUCUCGUCGUGACGUUUGAACGAUACGUGAUGAUUAUCUACCCCAUGAGAUAUUACAGAAUCGUGAGCAAACAACGAAUAGGGGCCUUGAUGAUGUUUGUUUGGACCUUCUCUUUAGCUGUCUCGCUUAUACAACUGAUUUGGAUCAGCCUUGGGUCAACUCAAACACCAAAUGAACUUUACAGUGAUGUUAUUUACAGCUACAGCUGCUUUGUGGGCCUUGUCGCUCUUCCCUUAUUACUCCUCGCGGCCGCUUAUGGACGCAUUUUCUUGGUGCUGCGCGGUCAACUACGAAAAAUUCGACGACAAUUGUCUCAUAUUCGGAACUCGAGAGGUGCUCAGCAAAAGCGGGGACAAAAACGUGCCGUGACCAUUCUAGCCUCAAUGAUUCUCGCCUUCAUUUUUGGUUGGUUUUCGUACUUCCUUAGCUCGAUUUUCCAUGACGAGAAUAUAGUGGCACACUUUCCACCGGCCGUCAAUAUAUUGCUUCUUUUCAUGCGAUUUGGAACUUCCCUUGUCAAUCCCCUCUUGUACACUUUGUUUAAAGAGGAUUUUAGAAGUGUUUUAAGGUUGUUCGUUUUUAGAGAUGAACAAAAUCAUUUGAACCAAAUUCCAUUGAGCACCAAAGCCGGUAGGGCAACGACAUCUGAUUAA